AAAACGAAUAUAGCCAUACUCAGAGGCGUAGUAAUCCAUCGAACAAAUAUUUAAUAGAAAUAACAUAUUUGAACCAUAUAUAUAUUAUAGUAUAGUAUAGAAACUAUUGUCUGACUGAAUCAGUGAAUGUUUAGGGUGUUAAUGUUAAAAUUAUUAUAUCAAUUUUAACUUGAACAGUUUUAAAUUCAAGUAAAAACUUAAAGUUAAUACGAGGUUCUAUCAACCAUUAUGAUUAAAUGUGACUGAAAUUUGUGAAACACUCAGAAAAAUAUAAGGCAGCUAGAUUGUAGUCAAUGUUUUUGGACUAUUACUAUUAGUUUACAGGUAUAUCCUGUAGUUCAGAGUGCUCAACAGAUUAAUGGUUAUCCAGAAAAGUACAUAAGUAAUAUUUGGAUAAGUUAAAGAAAAUGGCUUCAGCUGUAAGUAUGACGACUGCCCAGAAGAUUGAGUUAAUGAAUAAAAAAUUUCUUGAAUUUUGGAUAGAUAAAGUCAGGAAAUAUGGCUCAAUUUCUCUCCAGAAUUUGACCGGUCACGCUUCUCAACUCUCUCCUGAAUUACGAAAUUUCUUUGGGACAUCAAAAAGUGCUCUUAAGAAGUUCUUGUGGGAUAAUUCUGAUUAUUUUUAUAUUGAUAAUAAAGAAAAUGUAUGGCCAGCUGUCCAGGUAAAAUUAGAACAUACUGAACAGCCAAAAUUUCAUGCAUCAGAAACAAAGUCAUCAUCUAAUAAAACAGAUGAUAAAAAUGAUAUCACUGAACUAAGGGGAGUAAAGGGGAAAAUUAUUAGAUUAUUCCCAGUUUAUGGUUUCAUUAGUAUUGUGGAGCCUAUUCAAGUUUCAGUUUAUUUUGAUUUAAUGUCAUUUGAGGAUGGCUCAAAAGAAACAUUACCUAGUUAUAAUCUAAGUCCAGGAGAAGGUGUUUACUUGAAUGCUAAAAAAGGGCCUGAUGGUUGUGAGGCUCAUUUUCGUGCAUCUCGAGUGUGGCGACCAAGUUAUAAUCCAGGCUCUAAAAACAAGCCCAAAGAAAUGUUUGGGAAACUGGACAAUUUGAAUGAAAUAAAAGAUAUCACUUUGGAAACUGAAGACCAUGUAAUUGGUCGAGGAAAAGUGCAAAAUAUCUUUGAUCGUUUUGGAUUUAUUCAGCGUGAUCAGAACUUGCAAAAUAAUGUUUUUUUUCACAUAUCUGAUAUUGAAAAACCUGCUGGGGUACAGUUUGAAAAAUUAGAAGAAGUUAUACAAAUUGGAGAGGAAGUUCUUUUUAGUGCUACACGUUCCUACCAAAAAGAUUCUUUAGCCAAGUGGCAAGCAACGUAUGUGCUUAUCAAGCAUUUCUCUAAAGAUGUUUUAAAUUCCGAAAUUGAACAAGAAGAAGUUUUUAUCUCAGGGUCAGAAAUGUCAUCUGAUUCUGAUUUAGAGGACUGUACAAACUCAAUCCAUAAAAACCUUUCAAUAAAAGACCCUCAGUUGGAAGAUAUUUCUCUAAAUGAUACAGAAAUAGAGCUAUCAAAAGCUCAAUCACUAACUACAGAACAAGAGCUAGCAGAAACUCAGUCACUAACUGCAGAAAUAGAACUAGCAGAGGCUCAGUCGCUAACAUUUUUUGAGAAGGGGAAAGUUAAGCCAACUCUCUCAAGAAGAAACAGUGAUCAUUCAAUAGGAAGUAUUUCAAACUUGGUACCUAAUAAUGCAGCACUCAGAGAAAGUAAUUGUUUAUUGACUUCAAAUCUUAAACCAACAAAUAGCCAGUGGAAGAAGGAAAAAAUAGAAAAAAUAUACCCAAUAUUAGGAGCUUCUGAAAAUCGUAUCGAGUCUGUGCAUACAGUUUCAAACCCUUCAGAAUCAGUUUCUGGACUGAAGAAGAGUAUUGUUAAUCCAAAUCUACUCCAGCCAGAAGUGGCACGUACACAAGUAAAUCAACUAAACCCUAGAAACCCAACAUUGGAAAUGGAAAGUUUUUUGGUAAAUGGAGCAACUGAAAAGCCUCUUCUGGGUUUUGGUAUCGGCAGUGGCAGCACACUUAUUCCUCCAAGACAUCCUGUGGGAAAUGGUCUUUCAGGACUAGUGGGCACUCAGUUGCCAUUUUCACCGAUGUCAGGAAUUGCUAGGAACUCUGCUUACUCAUCUGACCUGAUACCUCCAGAUUUGUUUCGAGACAACGUGUUACCCCGACUUCCCAUAGGAAUAUCUCCUUUAACUAAAGACCAGCUGAAGGAGGCUUUAGUUUACAUGCUAAUGAAUGAUGAUGAAUUUCUUUCAAAGAUUCAUGAAGCUUAUAUCUCUAGUCUGACCAAAAAACUUAAUCAGUUAACUGAACUUGGUCAAAAACAAAAUUCAGCCAGAUGAAUCAGGAAGGAUAAAGAUAAUAAGAAGCAAGUUAUUUUAAAUCCUGAUGAAUUGACAACUCUGUAUGUGUAUACAUAGAUAGGCUAAACUUGCCGUGCACUUCUGUUUUUACUUUGAUCAAAACUUAAAAAGUUUAUUUCAGUUUUAAGUUACUUUAAGCUUAAUCAUAUUUUUUAGCUUUAACGUAAGCCAAAGGUCUUGAUAAUUAUCUGAAUUGUGUAAAUAAUGCCUGGGAUGGCGCUUGUUGUUACUUUGCUUGCAUUCAAGUGAGCUAAGUACCACUUAAGUUUUGACAUGAUACGAAACUGUAGACCAUCAUAUAUAUGUUUGCAUAAAUAUUUUUCUUUAAAAUGUUUUAUGUUUAAAAUUUUGAUAUCAGCACACUGGAACACUUAUUUUGGAUGUUUGUGACACUUUAUGCUUUGUUAAACAUGAAUAUCUACACUGCAAUGGGUAAAUAUGAGUAGUUUUUCAAAAAACAGUUGCCAGUUAAAGAUAAUGAGUGAUAGUGUUGUUUACAAGUGGAGAUUGUGUUUUAAAUAGGAAUAACCAAAUGCAAGUUGAACACAAAUGAACUUGACUGUGUGUGUGGACGUGCAUUAAUUAAAGUAGGUUUGAGAUAUAUAGAAAGCAAAGAAAAACUACUUAACAAGAUGUCCAGGAGAUAUACAAAUGCUAUGAAAGCAAAAAAAAUAAAAAUUGAUAAUUA